AUGAUCAGAUCACUCCGGACCAAUAAGAGGUGGAAUAACACACAUUUCAAGGAAUUUAUUCUUCUGGGACUUACGGAUAACCCAAAACUACAGGUUUUCCUUUUUUGUCUUUUCUUUAUUUUUUAUAUCGUCACUCUUGUAGGUAAUAUUGGAAUUAUAGUAGCUGUCCGAGCAGAUUCGCGACUGCAUACACCCAUGUAUUUUUUUCUCAAUAAUUUAUCCUUUUUAGAUCUGUGUUACGCAACAAUUAUAACACCAAAAACAUUGGUGAAUUUUCUCUCGACAUCAAAAACCAUCGGUUACAAUGAGUGUGCACUACAAAUGUUUUUCUUUGCUGCCUCAGUCACCACGGAAUGCUUCUUGUUAGGAAUAAUGGCCUAUGAUCGCUACGUAGCUAUUUGUAACCCUUUGCUGUAUACUAUUAUUAUGAGGAAAAGGGUCUGUGUACAGCUGCUGGCAGGGGCAUAUACCCUGGGCUACCUCAAUGCAACGCUUCAUACAAUCUGUACCUUUCGUCUACCUUUCUGUAAAACCAACAAGAUUGACCAUUUCUACUGUGACGUGCCUCCACUCCUGAAGUUGUCUUGUAUUAAAACAACUAUGAAUGAAAUUCUGAUGUUCAUAUUUGGAGGAUUUGCUGAAACAAGCUCACUUACCACCAUUAUAGUUUCCUACAGUUACAUUAUAUCCACCAUAUUAAAGAUACGCUCAUCAGAAGGGAGAAAGAAGGCCUUUUCCACAUGCGCAUCUCACAUCGUUGCCGUCAAUAUAUUCUACGGUGCCAUCCUUUUCAUGUACCUGCGUCCUUCCUCUACUUAUACCAUGAGCCAGGAUCGAGUUGCAUCCGUAUUCUAUAGUGUCGUUAUUCCUAUGUUGAACCCGCUCAUCUAUAGUUUAAGAAACAGUGAAGUAGCGCAAGCCUUGAAAAAAAUUAAAGCAAAAUAUUGUUGUAAAUAA